GAAGAGCCACACUUUCUUUUCUAACAUUUUAACAUAUUUGUUUUCACUCACCACCAACCCAAUUGCCUCUCUCUAACAUUCAAACACAAAAACAAAAACAAAAAAAAUAAAACAGAAAAGGGGAUCCAGCGCCACCGUGAGUUUGUUGUACCCUACGCCCUACACGGCGGCGUUGCACAUUUCCGAUCAAACCUCACGUCGCCGGUCACUUACAGACGACGGAUACUUCUAUAAUGUCAUUCAUGCAGACGUUUCUCCACCAAUGCCCCCUCGUCUCCGGCGCUUUUAAUCAAUCGCUUCCUCCGCUCAAAUUCACCGUCAAAUGUUGCUCCCUUACCUUUCCGGCGACCGUUGUGAACGGAAGUGUAGAUAGGAAGUCUAACGAGAGGAGUGAGAUUAGGCUUGGAUUGCCGAGUAAAGGUCGCAUGGCUUCUGAUACUCUCGAUCUUCUCAAAGAUUGUCAAUUAUCUGUGAGGCAAACGAAUCCAAGGCAAUACGUUGCUGAGAUUCCUCAGAUUGCAAAUUUAGAAGUCUGGUUUCAGCGUCCCAAAGACAUUGUACGGAAACUGCUUUCAGGGGAUCUAGACCUUGGUAUUGUUGGCCUUGACACGUUUAGCGAAUAUGGACAGGGAAAUGAAGAUCUAAUUAUUGUUCAUGAUGCACUUGCAUUUGGAGAUUGUCGUUUAUCUCUUGCUAUUCCGAAAUACGGGGUUUUUGAGAACAUCAAUUCAGUUAAGGAGCUAGCACAAAUGCCUCUGUGGACUGCUGAGAGGCCUUUAAGAGUUGCCACUGGUUUCACUUAUCUGGGCCCUAAAUUUCUGAAAGAAAAUGGCCUUCAGCAUGUCACCUUUUCAACUGCUGACGGAGCACUGGAGGCAGCUCCUGCGAUGGGAAUAGCUGAUGCUAUUGUGGAUCUUGUCAGUAGCGGGACCACAUUGAAAGAAAACAAUCUCAAAGAAAUUGAAGGCGGAGUACUGCUAGAAAGUCAGGGCAUCAUGGUUGCUAGCAAAAAGUCUUUAAUGCAGCGAAAAGGUUUAUUGGACAUCACACACGAAAUUCUUGAAAGAUUCGAGGCACAUUUGAAGGCGCUCGAUCAAUUUACAGUAGUUGCCAACAUGAGAGGAACCAAUAUAGACGAAGUAUCUGAGAGAAUUCUGAGUCAACCGUCAUUAUCUGGGCUUCAGGGACCAACCAUAAGUCCAGUUUUUCGCAAAGUUGACGGUGUGGUAACACAAGAUUAUUAUGCUAUAGUCAUUUGUGUACCCAAAAAGAAGUUGUACAAAUCUGUUCAGCAGCUCAGAUCGAUUGGAGGUAGUGGAGUUUUGGUGUCCCCUCUGACCUACAUUUUCAAUGAAGAAACUCCUAGAUGGAAUGAGCUUCUUUCAAAGCUCGGGCUUUGAGUUGUUAAAAACUCGCAGCGUCACUUUUUUUUACCCCAAGCAUGAGCCGUUUUCUGGCUUUUAGUUUCUUUGCUAUGUUGUAUCUCAAGAACCAUGGUCAUUGUUAGCUCUAAGAUGCUUGCAGUUUCUUUUAAAGACCAGCCUGUGAUGAAGCUUCUUCAUAAGGAACAACUGUUCUCUUAUGGUCUGAUUUCUUAUUUACUUUUUGGAUUCAAAUUUUCUGUAUUAAUCUAUGAUAAAGGUGUUGAUUGUAAUGGCGGUUUAGUUAACUCCGUCUUUAAGGAUUGUUAUGCUUCGUUCGAA